AUGUCCAAAGUAAAUUCAGAAGGAACAACGGAUCAUCGUUAUUCAUGGCUCAAUUUCUUACCUUUUACGCGUCUACCUGGAUCCGUUCUCUCAGAGAAUAAACAAAUAUUUGAGGAAAAGAGUUAUUAUGUUCAUCAUCAACAGAUUGAUCUCUCGGAAUGUAUCAAAACGAUGCAACAAGGAACUCUGCUGUUUGGACAUGAUGAUGAAGAGAAGGCUCAUGAGGAAUUACGGAACUAUUUUGAAAAACAAGAGGAGAAGCAGAAUGAAGUAUCCAAUCGUUCCGGGGUUAAGGUUUUAGAUGCUGAUUGUUUGCAAGUUGCGUUAGAGUUGGAAGAGAAAACACAUCGGAAACCAUUGGUAUUGAAUUUAGCAAAUAGACAUUGCGAACAUGUGUGUGGAAAGUAUUGGCAUCCAUAUUUGGGUAGUCAAGAGGAAUUUAUUGAAAGAAAAAGUGCAGUGUAUAGAUACAGUUUAGAUCCGCAACAUAAUGAAAAUUUAAAACAACAACUUGUUUCCAGAGUGAGCGAUCCUAACAAUAUCACACAUCACAUCCCAAGAUUUGGAGCCAUUGUGUCAUCAGGAGUGCCGAUCAUUAGAAAAUUCGAAGAGACGAACGACUAUGCUUUGACUGAAAAUGUUAAAACGAUUGACGUGGUGGCAUGCGGUGCUGUAGAUUUAAGACGCAAAUGGUUUCGCGAAACUGAUGUUCUGGAUUAUUUUGAUUCGUCCAACAACUUUAAUGAAGAAAAGUUCAUCAAAGAUACCAAGUUGAAAAUUAGAAUUGUGCUUUUGGCUGCUUUGAAAACAGGCCAUACUGAUCUGGUUCUGGGGGCAUUGGGAUGUGGAGCAUUUCUAAAUGACCCUGUAAUUGUGUCCAAGUGUUUCCAUGAAGUGUUGAAAGAACCUCACUUUCACAACAAGUUUGAGAAUAUUUACUUUGCAAUUUUAGGAAAGAAGAACUCGUCAAUUUUCCAAAAAGAACUUGACGAUUUGAUUAAUUGA